CGGGCCGGGGGCGAGGCGGCGGGCUGGCUCCUCAGCAGUCCGCGGCGGCGACGGCGACGGCGACAUGGAGAGCGGGGCCUACGGCGCGGCCAAGGCGGGCGGCUCCUUCGACCUGCGGCGCUUCCUGACGCAGCCUCAGGUGGUGGUGCGCGCCGUGUGCUUGGUCUUCGCCUUGAUCGUGUUCUCAUGCAUCUUCGGUGAGGGCUACAGCAACACCCCCAGCUCCAAACAGCAGUACUGCGUGUUCAACCUCAACGAGGACGCGUGCCGCUUCGGCAGCGCCAUCGGGGUGCUGGCCUUCCUGGCCUCGGCCUUCUUCCUCGUGGUUGACGUCUAUUUCCCCCAGAUCAGCAACGCCACUGACCGCAAGUACUUGGUCAUCAGCGACCUGCUCUUCUCAGCUCUCUGGACCUUCCUGUGGUUUGUUGGCUUCUGCUUCCUUGCCAAUCAAUGGGCAGCCACCAACCCAGAAUAUGUGCUGGUGGGAGCCGACUCAGCCCGGGCGGCCAUCACCUUCAGCUUCUUUUCUGUCUUCUCCUGGGGCGUGCUGGCCUCCUUGGCCUACCAGCGCUACAAGGCCGGAGUGGACGACUUCAUCCAGAACUAUGUGGACCCCACUCUGGACCCCAGCACGGCCUACGCCUCCUACCCAGGCGCGCCUGCAGACAGCUACCAGCAGCCGCCCUUCACCCAGAGCGCCGAGACCACAGAGGGCUACCAGCCGCCCCCCGUGUACUGAGCUGCAGCCGGGGAUGGUAAGGGGAGGAGGGAGGGCGCCUGGGGGGCCUCCCCUCUUCCUGGACUCCUCCCCCGAGGCUGGUCUCCCAGAGCUGCCGGCCCCUCUCGAUCCACCUGGCGCCUGUCCGAGCUGACACACCGCCUGGAGAGAGAGCCCCUGCCUCCUCGUCCUGGCUGCUGGCCUCAGAGCCUCGGCCUGUGCCCCACGGGGCUUCACCCACCACUCCUCGAGGGCAUUUUUUUAGGGAAGGGUUUUUGUUUAGACAGGUUUUGUCAUUGCUUUUAAUGAUCCCCAGCCCCGCCUGGAGUAGCUCCAAGGGUCCUACGUGCUGGUUUGACAAGUGCCUUAGCUUCUCCCCAGCCUGAAGGAGCCGGGCCACGUGCAGGCCUCAGUGGCCGCCGCCAUCUGGGGGUCUCUGCCAAAGAUGAGGCUGUGGGGCCUUCCCCCUGCUCUGCUGCUGGCGCUGGGCUGGGGCUCCUUUCCUCCUCACUCAGGUUCAUUCUGCCCCCAGCCCCCUGCCCUCUGCCUGCUCUGCGAGCGGCAGCCCAUGCUCACUGCUGAAGUGUCUGCUUGCUUGGAUCUGGGCUCACGACUCUGUGCCAGUGCCUCUGGGUCACCUUCCUGACAGCCUAGGGGCAGGGCUGGUGCCGCGCCCCCGCCCCCGCCCCCCCCCCACCCCAAGCAGCACUGUCUCUGCUCCCACCCCUUGGCCGCAGGAAGGGGCUUUGCCUGAUGACAACACCCAGCUUUAUGUAAAUACCCCACCACUGUUAGCUGGGAGGUAUGGGGCACACCCACAGCCCACAGGCUGCUCUGAAUGUAUUGCAGAGCCUUGGGGGAAGAUGCACUGCACCCUUGGAUUCUGUUAGACUAAUUUUGGAGAUGGAAUAAAUGUUUUUCUCGUUCAUAA